UCGCCCGACGCGAAAUAACGUUCGCGUUCGAUAUUUGAAAAUCGUAUGAAAAUACGGGUUGGAAAAAAAACAGUCUUGUGUCUAUAGUCAGUGUUACAGUUUGAGAAAAAAAUCUCCAGUGAAAUUCAUCUCGUCUCAUGUUAAUCAAGAUGGGAGUCUCCAGGAACUAGUUGCACCCUAAAUGCUUCUGGCUUAGAGUCAGCCAUGUUCGUUUAGUAUUAGUACAAAAAACGCUCAUAUAUGCACAGAGAGGCAUUGUACGUAUUCAGAGAUUCGCUGAAAUUACGACAAAAGCUCCUCCAAAGGACAACUACGUAUUUUAAAGUAGUGGAAUUCGUGAAAAAAGACGCCAUCCGAUACUUCACUUAUGACUACGAAAUACACCAAUAACUAAAAAAGUAAUAAGUAAAUAUUAUGAACAUAUUCAUAGGUAACGAUUACCAUUCAAAGAACCUCGUCAAAUUGAAAAUUUGAUUUAAGCAUCAACACUUUAUAAUUAAUUUUAGUCAAUUGACAAUAAUUUUAUUAAGGUGAUAAUUAUUUUCUAAUUCUAAUUUAUUGAUAACAGAACACAAAUUAUAAGACGUAUACAACAAAACCGUAUAAUUUCAUUUUGAAAUAAAAAAUAAAAAGUCAUAGACAAUUUAUAGAUUUACAUUCCGAAUUUAAAAAAUUGAAAUGGCGGCAAAGGCUGAGCCGAUUGGUCCAUUGAAUGGCCAUGAAUUGGCGCCAUUAAACACCAGGGCAGAUGGGUCAGAAAGACCUCAUGGGGUGACGAUCGUGCUCCAAGGAUCGAGAUCCAACUCCUUGCAACGAGACGUUCCUGGGGAUGACAGAGCAGCUUGGUCUGGAAAACUUCAGUUCUUUUUGUCUAUUAUUGGAUACUCUGUGGGCUUGGGCAACAUCUGGCGCUUUCCUUAUCUAUGUCAGCAGAAUGGUGGAGGUGCAUUUCUCAUCCCGUUCCUCAUAAUGUUAAUUCUGGAGGGCAUCCCACUCUUCCUCAUCGAGAUGGCGAUUGGUCAGAAGAUGCGUCUAGGCUCCCUCGGAGUCUGGAACACCAUCCACCCAUGGCUCGGAGGCAUCGGCAUAGCCAGCUGUGUCGUGACUCUGUUCGUCGCUUUGUACUACAAUGUGAUUAUCACUUGGGUCUUCUUUUACCUCUUCAAUAGUAUUCGGUUAAGCGCAGAUCAGCUACCCUGGGCACACUGUCCCCAAGACAACAGCACAGCCGAAGCUGAAUGUACCAAAGCCUCAGCCACUGUGUACUAUUGGUACAGGGAGGCUUUGGACGCGUCUCCUAGUAUUGAAGAACCCGGCACCCCACGUUGGUGGAUUGUACUGUACCUUCUGUUGGCUUGGAUUAUUGUCUUCUUUAUUGUUAUGAAGGGUAUUCAAAGUAGUGGAAAGGUGGUAUACUUCACGUCCCUGUUUCCAUAUGUGGUGCUCACUAUAUUCUUUGUCCGAGGUAUAACAUUGCCUGGUUCUGCGGAUGGAAUUAUUCAUAUGUAUAAACCUAAGCUAGCGAAGCUACUAGAUCCGACAGUUUGGCUCGACGCAGCCACUCAGGUCUUUUACUCCUUUGGCCUGGCCUUCGGUUCCCUCAUCGCUUUCGGCUCCUACAACCCGCCCAACAACAACUGCGUGAGAGACGUGUUGCUGGUGUCCGUGUGUAACGCGCUCACCGCUAUAUACGCCUCCGUGGUCAUCUUCAGUAUCCUUGGCUUCAAAGCUUACACUAUGGUUGAGAAGUGUAUUGUCAAGGAAAUAAAGAUUCUAGCGCAUAAUAAUAUAAGCGGAUUCGAGUGGAACUCAACUCAGGAGUACUAUGAAGAGCACUUCGCAACCCUGAACAGCUCGGAUGUUGCGAGACUCAACCUCACUGGAUGCUCCAUGAGCAAGAACUUGGAAGAGGCUGCAGAAGGCACUGGCCUUGCCUUCAUCGUCUUCACCCAAGCGAUCCUCAAGUUAACCCCCGCUCCGUUCUGGUCAAUCAUCUUCUUCCUCAUGCUGUUAUCCUUGGGUCUCGGCAGCCAGAUCGGCAUCAUGGAAGGAAUGUUGUGCACCAUCUUCGACAUUGACUUCUUUAAGAGAUUCAGCAAGCCUGUUAUUACUGGUGCCGUCUGUACUUUCUGUUUCUUCGUUGGUCUCAUCUUCACCACCGGCGCUGGCGAAUACUGGCUUAAGAUGUUUGACUCCUUCGCCGGUACCAUCGGCCUUGUAGUCGUGGCUCUACUUGAAAUGGUCUCUGUUGUCUACAUCUAUGGACAUGAGAAGUUCUCAAAUGACAUCUACGAGAUGACGGGCUACCGUCCGGGCUGGUACUGGCAGGUCACCUGGCGUUACGUGGGACCCUUCAUUGUGUCCUGCAUCUUACUAUCGUCUCUCAUCUUCAUGAUUCUCUACCCUCCUACUUAUGGCGCUUGGAAUGCAGCAGAGGGUCGUGUCGAAAAGACACCCUACCCAGAUUGGGUGCUCGGUAUCGCAGUGGCAAUGAUCCUCGCGGGAAUACUCCCCAUUCCGGUAGUGCUGCUGCUGAGGCGGUUCCAGUGCCUCGCGCUGGAUGUGGACAUCCACCAGGGCUCUAUCAGGAGGAUUGAGACCACAGUGUCCACUAAGGAGAUGAUGAGUGACCAGGAUGUGUUGUCGCCGGAGAGUGCGCCGCCGGCUCAGCUGCUGCCCGACGCCGCCGCUAAAUUCACCAUCGGAGACUUUGACUCCGAUUCAGAGCCAAGUCAACCACGUACGGCCGUUCACUACGAAGACUCGAGUAGUAGUGACGAUGAGAUUCUAAAUGCAAAAUACUCCACCGGAACCGGAAUCCGUCUCUCCAUGAAGCCGAUUGGCCACAAUCCGAACACAUUCAAGAUGGACGUUGUUGACUGACCGUUAUAUUUUAUUUUUGAAUUUGGAACUAUAUUUUGUUUUUGGAUGUGAUCUAUUUGUAAGUAAUUUAUUGUAUGUACAUAUAUUUUUUUGAAAAAAUCUGGGAACUGGUUCUCUUAGAAUUCAAAAUGAAACUGACUUGUUAAUGCAAUUAAUGGCAUUUUGUGUUUGAAUGUUAAAGACGUCAAAUAUUUUGUCAAAGAGAAUCAGAAUAGCACUAGGUAUAUGAUCUAUUAACUUCAUCAUAUUUCUCUUUAUCUUCAAAUUAACUGUAUAUUUAUAGGUCUAGGUACCGCUUAACUUAAACAGUUCGUGGAGUAGGGUGCGGGUUGCGAGAGGGUGACAGCGAUAUUGGUUUCCUGGAUUUUUACGUCAACUGUCACCCUCCCGCAACCAGCGCCCUAUAGAUCGUUUCAACGAAUAGUUCCUAUGGCGUUAUGUUGGCU